AUGGCCAUGAAAAUAGACGACGAGCUACCUCCUGAAAACGAAUUCGGAGACGGAGUUUCGUGGGCCCGAGGCCCGCUCUUGGGAAAAGGGGCUUACUCGCGCGUGUACAAGGCGACGCUCAAGGACGGCCGCUCUGAGUACAGCUGCCUCCCGCCGGAGAUGGCUGUGAAGUCCGCCGACGUUUCUUAUUCCGACACUCUCCAGAUGGAGAAGCACAUGAUGACCGGGUUGCUCCCGUGUCCCCAGCUGAUCCAGUGCUUCGGCGACGAGUUGACCCAGGGAGAAGGCGGCAAGAUGGCGUACAAUCUGCUUCUGGAGUACGCCGGCGGCGGGACCCUAGGCGACCGAAUGAACAAAUUCGGUGGCGACGGGCUGCCGGUGUACGAGGUGAAGAUGCACACACGGUCCCUCCUCAGAGGCCUGAAUCACAUCCACAUGUCGGGAUACAUCCACUGUGAUCUAAAGCCCGACAAUAUUCUACUCGUGCCUCGACCCAGAAAAAGAAUAACCGGUCAAACCGAGUUCAAGGCAAAAAUCGGAGAUUUCGGCCUGGCAAAAAGGGCAAAGCGGUCCAACUGCAAGAAGAGGAAAUUAUGGGAGGCUAAUUCUUGCAGCUGGCGGGGAACCCCUAUGUAUCUGUCCCCUGAAACCGUGAUGGGCAGCGAGCAAGAGGCGGUGUCCGAUAUUUGGGCGCUCGGCUGUGUGGUGCUGAGGAUGCUGACGGGGAAGGAGCCGUGGGAAGGGAGGGACAAUGAGGAGAUCCUGGCAAAGAUAGGGACGGAGUCGGAAAUUCCAAAAAUUCCCAAGAAGGUGUCAAAGGACGCGCGGCAUUUUCUCAGGUGCUGUUUCGAGAGGAAGCCCCUGUACCGUUUGACGGCCGACCUCCUAUUGGAACACCCGUUUCUCGAUGGGUUGGGUAGUGACGAUGACUAUGAGUUUGAGGAGGAUUGUGGGUCGGUGGACGUGUUUGAGUUCGAGAGUGAUGUGGACGACGAGUUAAGCUGUGACAAUAUUAAUAUUGGCUCCUUUGAUUCAAAUUUGGAUUUGGAUUCGGAUUCGGAUUCGGAUUCGAGCGACGAGCCCUCAUGCUAUUCUUCUGUUGGAAGCGAGGUGCCCUCGAGAUACGGACGACACAAUGCGGUUGGUCAGAGUAUUAAUGGUCCUGCAGUGAAUUUUAUGAGAGAAUCGAAGGAGACGAACUCCGCACUUUCGCCUUCGUGCAUUGCUCGUGAACAGGCAAUGGCGGGAAAGGAAAACGGGGCCGUUCGGGAAAAGACUGUGAAUGAAUAUGGCGACGGGGUUGCAUGGAUUAGGGGUCCAAUCAUCGGAAAGGGGAGUUUUGGGCGGGUUUACACGGCGACUCUGAAAAAUCCCAGAUCAAAAUACAGCUGCUUCCCGGCUGUGAUGGCGGUCAAGUCGGCUGAAAUCUCUCGUUCGGGCACAAUUCAGAAAGAAAGGGAGGUAAUGAGCAAUUUGAAUUCCAGUCCGUAUUUGAUUAAGUGUUUCGGAGAAGAGACGACCGUGGGUGACAACGGCAUCAUGGCUUAUAAUCUGUUGUUGGAAUAUGGCUCCGGCGGGACCUUAGCCGGUAGGAUCGAGAAAUCGGGCGGCAAAGGGUUGCCCGAACUUGAAGUUCGGUCACAUACGAGGUCUAUUCUUAGAGGCUUGAAUCACAUUCACGCAGCUGGGUACGUGCAUUGCGAUAUGAAGCCUGAUAACAUACUACUCGUGCACAGAACAGCUGGAAAAGGUGCGAAAUUCGCAGGGUUCACUCCGAAAAUCGGUGAUUUCGGCUUGGCAAAGAGAGGGAAAUGGGAGUCGAGGAAGAGAAAGUUUAUGGAGCCCUGUUACUGGCGGGGCACACCCACUUACCUGUCACCCGAAGCUGUGGUCGAGAGCAUACAAGAGGCGCCGUCUGAUGUGUGGGCUGUCGGGUGCAUUGUGCUCGAGAUGUUAACGGGUAAGCCCGCGUGGGACGAGAAAAAUGCCAAUCAAAUUCUUGAAAAGAUUAGGGCUGCUAAUGAACUUCCCAGAAUUCCUGAUAAGUUGUCGGAGGAUGCUCGGGAUUUUUUAAAGCGUUGUCUCGUGAGGAAAUCGAUGUAUAGGUUCACUUGUGAGAUGCUUUUAGAUCAUCCGUUUCUUGAAGACAUGGCUAGUGUUGAUGAUGAUGAUGAGGAUAAUGCAUUGGAAAAGUCUGAUGGUUUUGAAUGUCUGAAUGAGAUUGAGUCUGCAGAGGUGGAGUAUGAAAGUGAGGAGAUUGGUGAAGACUUUUUUGCAGACGAGUCGGAUGGGCCGUCUUCGUAUUGGUCUGAUUUGUCCAGGGAGAAAGAACCUGAAGUUGUUGAAAGAGAAGGCAUAACCAGCUCGCGUACAGAUGCUGGUGUACCUCAGGUUAUAACUAAAAGACUGGCAACAUUGUCGGGCUAG